GCGAAGUUCAACCAACCAUCGGGUUCGCGACUUCGCGGUUUAUAAUGAAUAAUAUCCUCAUCAAUUCCUUAUAAUCUUCAAUAAAUCUUUCAAAACUUAAGUACCUAGCUUCGUCUAUAGUUCUUGAAAGGCUGGCAAACUCCAGAGUCUCGAACCCAACAUAGACAAAUCAUCGUACUAGAAAUUACCUUACAACAUAAUUUCACUACUGGAUCAACAUGCCGUUUUUGUCAACCCCAUUGACGCUCUCGGCGACAGGUGGCAUCCUAGGUUCUGCCUGGAUUUCGGGUAGUGUUGCAGCGUUGUCGAUCUGCGCAAUACCGGCAAUCCUCCAAACUGGCGCGCCCACAGAAGGUCUUCUAAGGGGAUGGCAUCUGCAGUUCACUAGGGGCAUGUACUACGUACCUACAACUGGUGCAUUUAUUGCCCUGAACUACCUCUACUUGGCGUAUAGGCACCGCGGAGAGGGCCUGGAAUGGAGGGGUUAUGCAUUGGGAGCUCUAUCGAAUCUGCUCCUCGCACCCUUUACGUUGCUAUUCAUCGGCGCUAUCAACAGUAGAAUGAUAGCGGCCAGUUCGGGUGCGAGAAAACCAUUGGGUCAGGAGGCAGCUAGGCAAUUAAUAACUAAAUGGGGAAAUUUGAAUGCCGUUCGAAUAUUUAUGCCUCUUGCGGGGGCUGCAUUAGGAUUGUGGAAUUUACUACAGUAAUUGAAAGUUGUCUUGGUUAAGGAUAUCGGUGGUGGUAGUAAGAUUGUAGCUAUAAAAACAUCUCAUGUCAAUUUCAAAAAG